AUGUCAUACGUACCUCUUGUGAGUGCAGUUCUCAUUACAUUUGUGAUAGCUGCAUUACUCCUCUAUCGCUAUGGAAACUGGUUUCGCCAUCAUCCAAUUGUUACAUUAUCUGUCCUGGUGGCAUGGUAUUUUUCCUUCAUCAUCAUCGUCAUCAUCCCAAUCGAUGUUUCAUCUACUAUGUACAGACAGUGUCUUCAGGAGCAUCGCUCAGGAGUUCAUGAGCUGGAUAUAGAUGAGAACAUGACCAUGAUCUCCAUGAACAGCACUGAAGAAUGUGAGAAACCAUGGAGUCUGAUACCAGAGCGUGUUCUCCCGCGUCUCUGGAGAGUCGUCUAUUGGACAUCUCAAAGUCUCACAUGGCUGAUACUGCCAUUGAUGCAGUCAUACACCAAAGCAGGAGCAUUCACAGUCCUUGGAAAGCUGAAGACUUCAUUGAUUGACAAUGCCAUUUACUAUGGGUCAUAUCUACUCAUCUGCAUCAUCCUCCUCAUCUACAUUGCAUUGCGCCCUGAACUGGAGUUGGAUGGUCCCAGACUGAAGGUGAUUGCUGUGACAGCAAGCAACACAUGGGGCCUGUUCCUACUUGUUUUGCUGCUGGGCUAUGGAUUAGUUGAAGUUCCAAGGAGUCUUUGGCUCAUGAGCAAACGAGGAUACCGACUACGCAGUCUUUAUUUCAAGGCAUCCAAGCUGGCUUCAGAAAAGAGUGAAGCUGAAGAGAAUAUGGAUGAUGUCAUCUAUGUAUUGGGAGAGCUUCAGGUACAGAUUCCAGAUAGCCAUCCCCUCCAUGUGUAUCUGAUGACUGUGCUGAGUAAACUUCCAAGAGAAGAACACGAGAGAAUGGCCAGACGAAGGCGGACAGGUUCAUCCAGUCCCAAUACUCUCCCAUCAGAGAAGGCCCUCAUCAAGGUGCACACUGAGCUGAUCCGUGCACUUCAACGAAAACGUAGAACACAGACCCAGUGGGCAAACCUUGUGGAGGAAAUUGCAUGGCUGGAGGAAGUGGCACGGAAUGAGAACUCCUUAGAUCAUGUCUUUAGGAUUCAUUCUGAUGGGGAGCUUGGGUUUAAACCUGAACGUCCAUGGUGGCGCUCCUUAUAUACACCAAAAAUUGAAUGGUAUUGGGAGUGCGCAUGGAAGUGUUAUGCCUUUAAGGCCCUGGCAGUGGUAUUUGGGGUCUGGUCUGUGUUUGUCGUCUGGUCCGAAGUGUCUUUCUUCAACAAGGAGCCAGUGCUCUCUCUCUUUGCUAAAUUUGUCCAACUUGCCAAGGAAAACUAUGACUACUUCUCCAUGGAGGUGAUAUCAUUCCUGACUAUCUCGUAUCUCUGCAUAUGUGCAUACUACACUGUGUUCAAGAUUCGAAUCCUGAACCUCUACUACCUUGCACCCCACCACCAGACGGAUGAGUACAGCCUCAUCUUUGCUGGCAUGUUGUUGUGUCGGCUGACUCCACCAUUGUGUCUCAAUUUUCUUGGUCUCAUCCACCUUGACAGCCACAUCACAAAAAAGCAUGGCAUUGAAGAAACAGCUUACACAAAUAUCAUGGGGCACAUGGAUGUGAUCAGCAUUGUAUCUGAUGGCUUCAACAUCUAUUUUCCCAUGGCAGUGCUGGCACUUUGUCUUGCCACUUACUAUAGCCUUGGAGCCCGGUUCCUGUCGCUGCUGGGCUUCCAGCAGUUCAUGGUAGAUGAUGACAUCACGACUGAUCUUGUCGAGGAGGGGAAAGAACUUGUUCGACGAGGGUCCCAGACUCGACUGGAGUUGCUCACAAAUGCCGAACCCAUGGCCACGGACUACAGCUCUGGCUCUCGAUUCAGCGGCAACGAUCCUCCACGAAAUAUCUUUGAUGAUAUUUGAAGUUCUGGCUUUAAGUUCAGGCUCUCAAAGUUCCUCAGUUUUCUUAUCGUAUGUGAUUCUUAUUUAAUAUUUAAUGCGAGAUUGAGGGUGUUGGGAAAACCGGGCCGUGUUCGUUUUAAUAUAUUCUUUUAUGUACUGGACGUGAAAUGCCCUUUCUAGUCAAUGCCUGUCUCGAAUACAUUCCUUUGGUGUCGCG